CCGCUGACUCCGCUGCCACGGAAUCCGGAAGCGUUUCCGACUCAGCAGCGGCUCUUCAUUCAGGCUGCUGCGCUGGUAGAUUUGCUUUCCUUCAGACCCUCUUCGGUAUCUGGCUGUCGAUCUGUUGGCGUUUAGGUCGGCAAACGGAUCGGAACCAUGGCAAGUCGGCUCCCGGCUUGUGUUGUUGACUGUGGUACCGGGUACACUAAGCUCGGCUAUGCAGGAAACACAGAACCUCAGUUCAUCAUCCCUUCAUGUAUUGCGAUCAAAGAAUCUGCGAAGGUCGGUGACCAGGCGCAGCGUAGGAUGAUGAAGGGCGUCGAUGACCUGGACUUCUACAUCGGGGACGAAGCCAUCGAUAAACCUUCAUAUGCGACUAAGUGGCCGAUCCGUCAUGGCAUAGUGGAGGACUGGGACCUGAUGGAGAGGUUCAUGGAGCAGGUCAUCUUCAAGUAUCUGCGGGCAGAGCCUGAAGAUCACUACUUCCUGCUGACGGAGCCUCCGCUUAACACCCCUGAGAACCGGGAGUACACGGCCGAGAUCAUGUUCGAGUCCUUCAACGUCCCGGGACUCUACAUCGCCGUUCAGGCGGUCCUGGCGCUGGCUGCCUCCUGGACGUCCCGGCAGGUCGGAGAGCGGACGCUGACGGGGACAGUCAUCGACAGCGGAGACGGUGUGACUCAUGUCAUCCCAGUGGCUGAGGGCUACGUCAUCGGCAGCUGCAUCAAGCACAUCCCCAUCGCCGGGCGGGACAUCACCUACUUCACCCAGCAGCUGCUGAGGGAGCGGGAGGUGGGGAUUCCUCCUGAGCAGUCGCUGGAAACGGCCAAGGCAGUUAAGGAGCGUUUCAGCUAUGUCUGCCCGGAUCUCGUCAAGGAGUUUAACAAAUACGACACAGACGGCUCCAAGUGGAUCAAACAGUACACCGGGGUGAACGCCAUCACCAAGAAGGAGUUCACCAUCGACGUGGGAUACGAGCGCUUCCUGGGCCCGGAGAUCUUCUUCCACCCAGAGUUCGCCAACCCGGACUUCACCCAGCCCAUCUCCGAGGUGGUGGACGAAGUCAUCCAGAACUGCCCCAUCGAUGUCAGACGUCCUCUUUACAAGAAUGUGGUUCUGUCUGGAGGCUCCACCAUGUUCAGGGACUUUGGCCGACGCCUGCAGAGAGACCUGAAGAGAACUGUAGACGCCCGGCUGAAGAUCAGCGAGGAGCUCAGCGGCGGCAAGCUGAAGCCGAAGCCCAUUGACGUGCAGGUCGUCACCCACCACAUGCAGAGGUACGCCGUGUGGUUCGGAGGAUCCAUGUUGGCGUCCACACCGGAGUUUUACCAAGUGUGCCACACCAAAAAGGACUACGAGGAGAUCGGGCCGAGCAUCUGUCGCCACAACCCAGUGUUUGGAGUAAUGUCUUAAAUGACUUCUGGAUAAAAAUAAGUUGAAAAAAAUGGGGAGGAAGAGCCUUCGCACGACACAGCCAGAGGCGACUGAACAUUUGAGGGAAAAAAGAGGCGACUCAUCUUGAAAGAUCCUUGUACAAACAAACAAAAAAAGCGUUAAAGAAAAAGUGAAAAUUUCUGCGUGCCUCGUACUUGUUUAUCCUCACAGGGUUGUAACUAAUCACCAUUCGUCCUCUCAGUGUCCAUGGCGUUUUGGGUUGUUUGCUCCAUUGUGUUUUCUCUAGGUUGUCAUGGAAAGAUUUUGCAUCAAACACCUAAAUCCAUUCCUUUUUUUUAUUUUAUUUUGUCCCUUUGAAAAAACAAAAAGAAACUUUAAGAUAAUCAGAAAUGUGUUCUAAUAAUGCAUAUGUUUUGUAUCGGCAUUAAUCACCUGUUAGAGAGAGAGAAGAAAAAUGCUGUAAUAAUAUAUGAAGAUGCAGUUUGUACGACUGUUUAUGGACCAUCACUGUUGCCUAGAUCUCAGUAAUACUGGAUAGCCUUGUACUGUAUGAAAAUCUGGAUUUACAAAUAAUGUGGCAUCCAAUAAAUGCCAAGCAGGUGUUUCUA